UUCUGCAUCGAAUCAACUACAAAAAUGAGCUCAAGUCCUGACAGCUCAGACAUGUACCAUUGUGACACUUGCAGUGCCAGUUUUACAAGACGUGCCAAACUGCUAGCCCACCAAGUCAGGCACAGUGUUCAGGCCAAGCUGGAAUGCGAAAUUUGUUUGGAAUCUUUCACAUCCCAAGGCGAGCUUCAUGUACAUCAGAAACUUUGCGGAAGCCAUGAAUUUGAAGAGGAAUUAGAUGCUGAGGAUUUUGAUCCUGAGGACAUGAGUGAUGAAUCAGGAGAUGAAGAGAAUUAUUCAUUAAAAUCUAAGACUUCUUUAAAAACUCAUGGACAAAGAAAAGAAAAACUUUUCUAUGCUGAGAGUAAGGCCUGCUUCACACAGAAAAGCACUCUUAAACGUCAGCAAGCCGUUCACUCCCAUAACACAUCUCUUGUUUGUGACUUUUGUGAUGUUGGUUUCUCCACAAACUCUCAGCUGAAACUCCAUCAAAGAAAACACGCAAAUCAAAAAAAAGUGUACGCCUGCCCCAUCUGUGGAAAGACUUUACCUUCUUCACUUCACGUAUCACAACAUAUAGCAAAUCCUACAACCUGUGUUGAUGAGCUAUGUGGUAGUAAAGAAACAUUUCCCUGUGCUGAAUGUAACAAAUAUUUUAAACUUGAAAAGCAUCUUAAACGCCACCAAGUCAUCCACACCCGUAACACAUCUCUUGUUUGUGACCUCUGUGAAGUCUGUUUCUCCACAAAUUAUCAGUUGAAACUUCAUCAAAGAAAGCACGCAAAUCAAAGAAAAGUGUACACUUGCCUCAUAUGUGGAAAAAGCUUAUCUACUGGACGUCACUAUUUGGAACAUGUAGGGAGUCAUGACCGUGAUUGUAAGAUCUGCGGUUACCAUUUCUCUUCAACUUAUGCCCUAAAGAUGCAUCAAGCUGUGCACACGAAAACAAGAGACUACAUUUGUGAUGUAUGUGGUAAAGGUUAUGGAAACCAAAAACGGCUGCAGUCUCAUCGAAGUAUUCAUACCCGUACCCGUAGCAGUGAGAAAUCAUACCUAUGUGAAGUUUGUGGUAAAGGGUUUACCCAAAUAGCAAAUCUCUUGAAACACAGGUUUGUGCAUGGGAAAGAGAAACUGUGCUUGUGCACUACCUGCGGUAAGAAAUUCUUAACCAAAGAGGGUCUAAAACAACAUGAGAAAUCUCAUAUGAAAGAGAGGCCGCAUGUUUGCCACAUUUGUGGCGAUGCUUUCUUGCUGAAACAUCACCUGAAGAACCACUUAGGUUCACAUUCCAAUGAGAGGCCUUUUGUCUGUACAGUGUGUGAUAAAGCAUUCCUAUUGAAACAUCAGUUGCAAGCCCACCUGAAAACCCAUACAGUUGUUUCUUGUUAAAUACAAACACUGUUAACACUAAUUCUGUUUAUAGCCAACAUAAUUAAAAUACACAAUUUUGGUUGGGUCCUGCUGAUUUUGUAGAAUGCCAUGGUUCAGUGGAUACAGUGUUUGACUCGUGUAUGAUGAUGCAUGGUUUCAAACCCUAACAGGCAACAAAGUGUUUGCGCUCUUGGGCAAGACACUUAAAGGUACAUGUACAUUGUAGAGUGUAUCAGUUGUGCAUUUUUUUUUCAUUUGAAGCAACAAAAAUGCUAAAAAUGUAAAGACGGUUCAUAAGAUGGAAUUUUUUUGUGUCGGGAUGAUGUGAAUCAAUAUUAAUUUUAAGACAGGCAACAAUUACUGUAAUAUGAUGAAGUUUUAGCUCUGUGAAUGCUGUACAUUCUGAGAAAAAAAUUGGAUGCGAUCAAGCUAAAUGAGUUGUUGGUCGACCCUGGUCAUUUUUUUUUAUUACAGAUUUAAAAAGAGCAUAAUCAUAAUGUGAAGACAAAAAGUCGUUAUUGCACUGUUUUGUCAAUAGGUUUAAUAGGUUUAAUAGUUCGGAUCUGCUCAUGGAUUUCCAUUAUUUGGUCGUUGAAAAGUCACACCUUUUUGUGAAUGCGGGUUAAAUCACAAUGGAAAGAGUGCAUUAUAAAUGUAUAAAAUAAUUAUUAUUAGCAACGUAAUGUUGUGUUGUCAUGAUGAUGUCAUCAUAUAUGCAUUUUUCAAUUGAACACUGCACUGCUAAGGUCAUUUUGAAACCAAGACUAUCCAUAGAGUUGAAACUUUGUGUGUACACAGACGGAUGACUGAUCAAAAUGAAAACGUCUUUCAGAAUAAGGAACAGCAGCAAAGCAACAUCUUUGUGAUAUCCUUGACAAUAUCUCAAAUGUACAUUGUGUUAUGUGUCAUAGUACAUUUUCUUUAAAUUUGAGUUGUAGUUCAAUUGAUGAAGAUUUUCAAAUAAAAACCGAAACAAUGAUCACAAUUUUCUGGUGAGUUCUGAUGUUUUGAUGAUUCACCAAGUCUCACAAACACAACAUGCCAAAUGACGGUCACUCCACUGAAAGACUGUUUGUUUGUAGUGUCUGUGGGAAAAAGUUCAAGUGGUCUUUUCAUCUGAUGAAAAGUGCAUGGUACAAAAUGUGUCUGAUUGGAAGAAAACUGGACGAUAUGAGCAGGUGGUUUGCAGUGAAUGUUUUAUCAGAAUAAAUCCACAUAUUGAUUGAAUUUUCAGUGGAUUUCUGAGGGCACAGUUAUGUGCCCAGGUUUUGGUGGGGUUUUUUUUUGGGGGGGGGGGUGUUCCAGGGGCAUCAUGAGCAUUUGACUGAAGGUACGAAGGGCCGACGCAUAGAAAUUUCACCUCAGUGUUCAGUGUGCCAACUGGUCUGCCUUAUUAAUUAGUGCUGUAGAUUAGACCUUUUUUUGUCUUUAGAGGGUGCUCUUUUCAGUACAAAUUUCCCUUCAGAUUUCAUAAAUCCCCAGGGUUCUAGUUAAUACAAUCAAGUCAAAACAAAGAAAAAAGUCAUCUACAUUCCUUUCCUGCUGAAAUUACUGAACAAAACAAAAAACCUGGACGAUGGGCAUGUUUCGAUUUUUGGAUGGUUGCACCAGGUGGCGGUCACUGGGAAUUUGUUAGGGGUAUGUGCCCCCAGGCCUCCCCCCCCCCCCCCUUCAGCUACGCCACUGUUGGAACUUAUCAUCAGAAAUGAAUUUCAUCAUUCCAUUGUCAGCCUGUACUCGGCUUUAAUAUUUUCAUUAAUUAGCCUAACUGUCCACACACACAUGACAUUAUUAUUUGCAUCAUUCAGAAUGACUGGAACCAAUGGAAUGACGCAGUCAUGUGCCUCACUUUAGCCGUGCUUUAAGUUUCCCUUGAUUCAAUAUUGGCUUUUGCCCUUCACAACUUCUAUAAACACUGUAUACUCAGUGACUUGAUGAAGUGGAUACAACUUACAUUGUUUAAGUAUGGUAGAUUUUGGGAUGUGAGGUUGCUUUUAAUAAUGUGUUAAUUCUUAUGACGAUGGGAUCUGUUGAUAUUAACUCAUUGUUUGUACUAUUUUCACGAUGCAGAGCUUCGCCAAUCAAUCAUAUAUCCCAUGAAUUACUUGUUUUCUUCACCAUACAUGUACCGCUAAAUGAUGGAACUACAUGUACAAUGCAUCUAACCACAACUUUUUGAUGGACAGCCCUCACUUUGUUACCUGUUGGCUUUUACUUCAUCUGCCUGGCUUUCGUUCCACUUGACUAACUCACUGUAAUUGCAGGCAUCAUUCCAUGAAAAAGCUACUACAUUAUUAUUCAUCUGGUGAUUUGGACAUUAAAACGUACUUAGCUCGUGGGAGGCAUCAUUUUCAUCAUUUAAGCAACUGAAGGAGACUGGAGUGAGAGGAACUUAAUUGUCAAGAAGCUCCAUUGCAGCGGACUGACUCAUCUGCCAUAGUUGAAGUGGGACUCCCUCUCCUGUCCUUAGCUUCUGUGAUGGAAGACGGUGUGCAUUGGAGG